AGCCGAGAGACCUCGCCGUCGACACUCGAGUCUCAUUCGACUCAGAGGUCCUGGCUCGGGGGCUCUGCCUUCUUCCGCUCGUCGUCGUCGUCGUCGUCAUCAUCAUGCGCCGACGAUGCUGCUGCUGCUGCUGCGGGUGUCUGAAUCGGGCGGGAUGCAGCGGCGCUCUGAUUGAGACGCGAGGCGGAAUUCGAUCUUGACGCCGGAGAAUCGAGUCACGUGUGGGGAAAUUGUGCUGGGUUUCCAGCUUUGGCCAAAUGUGGCAGGAGGAGGCGCGGGAGGAGAUAUUCAAAGCGGAGGAAGGGGAGGUCAGGAGGCGGAAGGACGGCGGAUGGGGCUGGCGCAAUUGUCGUGGCAAUUCUGUGAAGAAGGAGCGGGUGCGAGCGAGCGAGGCAGGCGUGAGUGAUGCCGGCACGAAUUUGGUCCCGCUUGUAGGUCGCCCAAAUCUCUGCUCUCGCCUGCCUCUGGCUGGCAGCAGCAUGGCGGGGACGGUCUGAGCAUCUAGGAAUUUGUCUGUGCGGUCGGUCGCUUGUGGAGUAUCGGAGACCGCGGGCGAGGCGGACGAGGGUUGACAUGGACGAGAGGAAGAAGAGGACAUUGGGACUCCUGCUUUUCUUGACCGUACAGGUGGUGAGUUUGGCCGUGUUGGAGCACCAGCAGCAGACGGACACUCAGCAGUCGUUCUCCGGGGGUGGGCCUUCCGUGACCACGCAGAUGCUCAUCCCCGUGCUGGCCAUGUGGGAGUCGAUGCACACCACGGCCAUCGUUGCAUACUUGAAGCGCCGCAAUGUCUGUCGGACUUUGUUCGGCGAAGAGGAGAAUGGCGACGAGGUGAUAGACGAGGUCGUAAGCAAGAGGAGGAAACGGGACACCUCCGAGAAAGACAGACUGGCCAACAUGUUGAUGUCGAGCAGCAAAGCCAUGCAGAGUGCUUUUGCGGAGCACAUUCGCGGACACAUAGACUCGAAUGCUCUGAAUAGCGAGAUGGACAGAACGCAGAGGAGAGAGCAGAGCAAUCAACUGGUGACAGUCUUGGGGGAGUUGGCCGAGGUUUUGGCUUUCAUUGCAGACAAAUUGUAGGGAGGAUUCUUCAGAUCUUUGAAGAGAGUCUAUUAAUAUGAAACAGCCCUCAGCUCGUCCAUUUUGAUUACCGACUCGAAGGACGUCUGCCAGCGGAAUACGAUCGCAAGUUUGCGCUUCAAUCAGGCCAAAGUUACUCGCAGGCGACGUGUUUUCAGUCAAGUGAUACCGUGGAGCAUGCGAUGAUCUAAUUUUCAUCGUUUUCUGAACAUUCCGCAGUUGGCCAAGUACUUUUGCCUGCACACAUCCUGUGCCCAGUCAUCCAAACGAGGGCCAAUUGCUCUUACUUUCGCGACGUCAACGUGCUCUUCAAAGCUAGAAGAGGUAAGGCUUAGAACUUGAGACAUCUUUGACAUACUGUAGACCGGCGUUGGCUCGACAGCUCUGCCCCAGUGCUAGAAGGGCAUCAGUUUGAGUGGCGCAUGUCAUAGUACAUACUCCUUAAGAAUCGUAGGCUGAAUUGGGAAGCCUGAUGUUCAACCAGAAGUUAAGGGCUACGAACACUUCAGUCUCGGAGCUUAGUUAUGGUGAAAUUGCCUGUUCAUGGUUCGCAGCUCCUUAUUACACGAAGUAGGAAGAUGGAACUAGUUGUGGAGGAAGCACCAGUGCGACUGGCGCUAGUCAAGUACUCCUUGAAAAUCGUAGGCUGAAGUGGGAGGUAUGAUCCACAAUCAAUAUGUAUACGCUACGAGCGCUCUUGUCUCCGAGGAAGGUCCUGUGGAAAUUGCCUUAUGGUUGUGUUUCGCAGCGCUUUACUCCUCAACGAGACUGAGAGCAACUGAAAUGUAAAGAUGUGCGCCGGGAGCGCACGGUGUCGUAACCAAGUCCUGUGAUUAUAUCUCGCUGCCUACGAGUUCCAGCUUCUUUCGGCGAGCUUUGUCAAAAGUGACUAAGUUUGGAUCUGUAACUUUAUGUGUUGGGUCUCGAACUUUUCCUUGACACGUACUGAGCAUGCCGAUCACAGCAUCUACUGCCGUAACCGUUCUCUUCGACUUCUUAUCUCGGGCAACCGAGAUUCGACUUUGGACUCGACUUUUUCACCGGGAGCGAAUCCUCUCCCCCCACUCCGAAAUAAGUUAUCACUACCGAGGUGGCCGUUGUAACUAUGUAGCUUUACCCGCUGAAGAUC